AGGAAAGUUCUCUUGCUUGGAGCAGGUUUUGUCACACGCCCCACUCUUGAUAUUCUUAGCAAUGCUGGAAUUCAGGUGACUGUCGCUUGCAGAACCAUCCUCAGCGCUGAGAAACUCAUCAAGGGCAUCACAAAUGCGCAGCCAAUAGCUUUGGAUGUAAAUGAUGCAAACGCUCUCGAUAUCGAAGUAUCAAAGAAUGAUCUAGUGAUAAGUUUAAUUCCAUACACUUUUCAUGCUUUGGUCAUCAAGUCUGCAAUAAGAAACAAGAAGAACGUGGUGACCACAAGUUAUGUCUCACCGGCAAUGCUUGAACUGGAUGAGGAGGCCAAACUAGCGGGUAUUACAGUAUUGAAUGAAAUCGGUCUAGAUCCUGGACUUGAUCACCUAUAUGCCAUUAAAACUAUCGAAGAAGUGCAUAGUGCUGGGGGAAAGAUUAAUUCUUUCAUUUCAUACUGCGGUGGGCUACCUUCACCUGAGGCGUCUGAUAAUCCAUUAGGCUAUAAAUUCUCUUGGUCUUCGAGGGGUGUUUUAUUGGCUUUAAGGAAUGCUGCAAAAUACUACCAGGAAGGCAAAAUUAUAACAGUUUCGGACCAAGAGUUAAUGGCAGCAGCAAAACCUUACUUCAUAUAUCCAGGAUUUGCGUUCGUGGCAUAUCCUAAUAGAGACUCCACGCCAUAUAAGCAACGAUAUAAUAUACCAGAAGCACAGACGAUAAUCAGAGGAACUUUAAGAUAUCAAGGGUUCCCAGAGUUCAUCCGUGUCCUAGUCGACAUUGGAUUUCUCAGUGACACAGAGCAGCCGUUUCUAAAGGAGCGCAUUGCAUGGAAGCAGGCAACUCAAAAGAUUUUGGGCACUUCUUCCUCUAACCAGCAGGAUCUGGAGCGAGCCAUUGAAAAUAGCACCAAAUUCAAAUCAACAGAAGACAAACUACGCAUCAUUAGUGGAUUAAAAUGGAUUGGCAUUUUUUCAGAUGAAUUAAUCAACCCGAAAGGAAAUCCGCUCGAUAUACUCUGCUCAACUUUGGAACAGAAAAUGCUCUAUGAAGAAGGAGAGCGAGAUAUGGUUAUGUUGCAACACAAAUUCGAGAUAGAAAAUAAAGAUGGUAGUAAGGAGACUCGAACAUCUACUCUUGUGGAGUAUGGAUCUCCUUCAGGCUAUUCUGCUAUGGCGAAGCUAGUCGGCGUUCCGUGUGGGGUUGCGGCGAAACAAGUUCUGAAUGGAACCAUUUCGGACAAAGGAGUAAUUGCACCCAUGUCAUCCAAAAUCAAUGAUCCGAUCAUCAAAGAAUUGCGAGACGAGCAUGGCAUCUUUCUUGUGGAAAAAAAAAUUUCCUAG